UCUGGUGGCACUUCUGUUCCAUUGGAAAGAAACACUGUACGAUUUAUUGAAAAUUUCAGUUCCGGAAAGCGAGGUUCGGCAUCAGCAGAGUAUUUUAUACGUUGUGGAUAUAUAGUCAUAUUCUUGUUUCGCAAGAGUUCUUUGCAGCCAUUUCAACGACACUGGAGGUCUUUAAAUUUUCUAGACUCUUUGGAAUGCCACUGUAAUAGCGAUAACGAAGCUGUAAUUACUGGUAUGUUGUUACUUAAAAUAAAUAACCCUAAGCUCUUGACAAGUCUGCAAUGCUAUCAACAGGCUCGAAGUCAAGGAAAACUCUUAGUGAUCGAUUACACUACUCUAUUCGAUUAUUUGCAUCUGUUACAUGCUAUUACCAAAGAAUUGAAGGUUUUCCAUUCCAGAGCCUUGGUAUACCUAGCAGCGGCUGUUUCCGAUUUCUAUCUUCCAUUGGAGCGAAUGACUGAGCACAAGAUUCAAUCUGCUAAUGAAAAGCUAACGAUACAGCUAGAAGCUGUGCCUAAAAUGCUAAAAGUCUUGAUUGACGAAUGGAUUUCAAAUGCCUAUAUUGUAUCAUUUAAGCUAGAAACAGAUCAAAAGAUACUUAUUGAGAAAGCGCAGCGAUCAUUACAAAAGUAUUCUCACCAACUAGUCAUAGCCAAUUUGUUGCAAAGUCGCGAAACUCGAGUAGUGAUGGUAACUCUUGCCGGACAAGAAGUUAUUGAAAUGUCGAAUGAUGAGAUUGAAUCUGAUAAAGAAAUUGAAGAAAAAAUUAUAUCCUAUAUAGUAAUGAAACAUCAGCAUUACGUUAGUUUAUAG